AUAAACCAUACCUUGAGAAGCCGCCCGCAAAUGGCAAUGGCUACCAACAUUUGUGCCAGAAUCCCCGCAUCCCUCCUUGCCCGAUCUCUCUCCACCGCCUCCUCCCUCACCGAGAAGCUCCCGGAGGCUCCGUCGAACCCGGUCAUCGACCUCUCCGACACCCAGCGCCUCUUCGCCUCCGUCCCCACCGCCUCCCUCCUCCACUCCCUCGCUAACCUAUCCGCCAUGGCCGCCGGCUCCCUUGUCGACGUGGGCGUCGCGGUUCUGCGAGCCGCCUUGGCGUCGGAGGGGAAGCUCCUCCGGGCCGCCGCCAUCGGGGCCGCAAGGGCGACGGUGCACCGCCACUUCUGCGCCGGCGAGGGGUUCGAGGACGCGGGCCGCACCGUCACGGGGAUGUGGGAGGAGCAGCGGCUGCGCUCGAUCCUGGACUACGGUAUGGAGGACGCCGAGGACGGCGCAGCCUGCGCCCGCAACCUUGCCGGCUUCCUGCGGACGGUCGAGAUGGCGUCGUCGCUCCCGCCCUCCUCCGCAAGUGUAUGCGUAAAGAUCACAGCAAUUUGCCCCAUCUCGUUGCUGGAGAGAGUCAGUGAUCUGCUAAGGUGGGAGCAACAAGACCCUACUCUGCAACUUCCAUGGAAGACCAAUUCGAUUCCUGUUCUUUGCGACUCCAGCCCCCUUUACCUCACACGUUCAGCGCCAGAUCCUCUAACUGAGAUGGAAGAGUGCGACCUCCAAUUGGCCUCGCAGAGGCUGUCCAAGAUCUGCGAACGAUGCACAGAAGCCAACAUCCCGCUGCUGAUCGACGCAGAGUACACCUCGGUGCAGCCCGCGAUUGAUUACUUCACGUAUGCAGCAGCGGUACGAUUCAAUCAUGGCGACCACCCUAUCGUCUUCGGAACUAUCCAGGCUUACCUGAGGGACUCCAAGGAGAGGAUGGUGAACGCCGUCCGAGCUGCGGAGCGAGAGGGGGUUUCUUUGGGGAUCAAGCUAGUGAGAGGGGCUUAUAUGACAAGAGAGACCAAGUUGGCAUCAUCCUUGGGCGCGCCGUCGCCUGUUCAUCGGAGCAUCCAAGAAACGCACGAUUGCUUUAAUAGUUGUUCUUCCUUCAUGCUCGAAAAGGUCAGCAGGAGAUCCGGUGCAGUCGUCCUUGCCACCCACAAUGUUCAAUCCGGACAACUUGCUGCAAAAAAGGCAAUGGAAUUGGGAAUUGGAAGGGAUGACCACAAACUGCAGUUUGCGCAGCUCAUGGGAAUGGCAGAUGGGCUCACACAUGGACUCAGGAAUGCUGGUUUCCAAGUGAGCAAGUACGUGCCAUUUGGGCCAGUGGAGCAGGUCAUGCCUUACCUCCUCAGGAGAGCCGAAGAGAACCGAGGACUCCUUUGCACCUCCACAGUCGACAGACAGCUCAAAAGGUUUAUGAUCUCAAGUCAUUGCACAACCUUAUCGCAUUUACUUUGUCCAGCUUCAAGCUUGUAAAACAUCACAUUGCCAUGUUUUCUCCAGGAAGGAGAUGUUCAGAAGACUUGCUACUGCAGUUGCUUGGAGGACUUAAUAUCUCACUCAAAUCAACAUUCUCAGAGUUCAAACAG